GCAAGUGGGACAACACAGAGUGCUGUAAAGACUUGUUUUCUUACCAUCCAAUCAGAGUGCGAGUUAGGAAAAGGAUUGGGAAUGACUGAUGUGAUAGUGAAAGCAUCUUUCAUCCCUUCCCCAGAACAGUUGUAUAGAUAGGUUUGUGUUGGUGUCAGGUGGUUGCUCGAAGGAUUUUGUUUAUUGUUGUUGUCCCCAAGAAACUCCGAUUUCGGAUGAAAGUUGCUAUGACAUCACUACAGAAAGACAUUUCAAUUCAAUCUCAGAGACCAAACGGCAAUUCUUUCGUUGUAGAAUUUGGCUCUUCCAUGAAUCAAGAAGAAGAAGAAGGAAAGUCAGAAAUAGUACAAGAAGAAAUAAUUGAAAAUAAUAUGAUGAAUGAAGAAGAACUAGUAAAAUCUGAAGCUCAGGAUGAAAUUGGUGGUGAAUUGUUUCCCUGUUGUAAGCUGUGCGAAAAUCCAGAAAAACUAUUCUUUCAUAUAAAACAACACCACGAAAAAGAUGCCACCAAAUGCGUCCUUUGUGGGAGGGAAUUGAGUUCAAAAAGUUCACUAGAUAGGCAUCUACUAAUUCACGCUAAGUGGCAACCAUACAAAUGCAGUCACUGCAACAAACAGUUUUCAACAAAUGGCAACAUGCACAGACAUAAGAAAACACACAAGGGUCUGUGCAAAGGCUCUAAGUUUAGCCCAAUAAAGAGCAGUGAGAAACGAAGGAGGAAUGCCGAUGAAACUUCAGAGAAUGAACAACCAGUCAAAAAGAUGAAGUUAGGUUGCAAAGAAAAUACGAAAAGUGUGUGUGAAAAUAUUACAGAUACUGAAAACAAAACUGUAGCUUUAGACAUUAAAACUUAUCCACUUAGCCCAGAAUCUCAGCCAGAUGUAAACGCACCUGUUGAUGAUAAAGUGAUCGAAACUCUGCAGAGUGUUCCUAGUUCCCCCAGUAAAGAAGAAUUCAUAACCACAUUAGGGUUGAAAACUGCAUGCCGAUUAGAGAAUAAAGCAGAAUCAAGUGGAGCUUCAAGCAGUCAAUCUGUCAGUCCGAUUGAUAAUGUACAACUGCAUGAAAAUGAACAUGUUGUACCAGAAAGCUCCAUAAGCGUUGAAGAUGUGAAGGAACAAUCCACCAAGAAAGAAACUCUAAUAAAGUUGCCUGAAAAUGAAACUGUAAACAAGUCAAAUCUUACAAAAGUACACACUGUAACUUCUCAAGUCCAGAUUGGACAAUCAGAACCACCUUUCAAAGAGAUAGUGCAAGUAACCAAAGGAAAUGUUGACAGGGUUUUUAAUAAUGUGGGUAGACAUUGGUUGCCAGAAUCUCCAGAAACCAGUAUAGAAGGGAACUUUUUUGAUGUAGUGUACAAUCCUGAAUCUUUGGAUGAAUGUGAAGAAGAUAAACUUCAGCCUCGGUAUGUUUGCCAGCACUGUAAAAAGGAGUUUAAGAAAAAAAUUAUCUUCCAGAAACACUUGAUGAAGCACAACAAGCAAAAACCUUUCAAAUGCACCAUUUGUGGUGCCAAGUUACUCAGUAAGCAGAAUGCCACACGGCAUGUUGUGAAAGUACACAAAAAGCGGCGAAUGCAAGCCAAAUUAUUAAUCGUUGAAAAUCUGGAUGAUGCUCCAAGUUCUGGAACAAAAACUCUGUGUGAAUGGUGUGGUCAAGAGUUUACAUCCAGCCUCAUACUGGAACACCAUAAAAGGGCAUCUACAGGUUGUCAAGCUAAGCCUUUUAUUUGUCUGAUCUGCAAUAAAAGUUUUUCCACUAAGAAUAAUGGUAAAAGGCAUCAAUUCAAACAUCACAAAGAUGAACAAGCUGAUUGCUGUAUUGUGCGCAAUGCUAUGGCUAAAAAUAGUGGAGAUGGGAAUCCUCUGUCAAGAAUAAUGGACAGUUCUACUUCCACAAGCAGUAUUGCUUAUGAUGAGGCACCGCAAGAAAGCUCCGUUGAAAGUCUUUUAAGUUCAGAGUCUGAACAUCCAGAUGACUCUGAGCUUUCAUUACCCAAGAAAGAACUGGAUGCAGCUCAGAGUCUAAUCGACAUGUUUUCAAGUCUUCCUCCUCCCAGAUCAUCAGGAGAUGAAAGAAUCAUUGAUCAAACUGAUAUCAACAGUUCUCCUCCCACACAAGACAAUAGCUGUUUUUAUUUACAUAUCCCUGUUAAUGUACAAAACAAACCAUUAGACUUGUCUGUUCAUCCAAUGGAUUUAAGUUCAAAAUCAAAUGAAGAAUCUGGCAAAUUGCGUGCUCACGAAUUUAGACGUUUACCUGUUUUCACAUUCCCCAUUUCAUAUAAAGACAGAAGCAGCGAUACCGGUAUAUUUCUUGCUAACGAACGCAAUUGCAUUUCAUCUGAAACUCCGCUCAAUUUGGUUAAAAAGAAGGAACAUAGCUGUAACAAUCAUUUUAAUUCCUCGCUGCAUCCAUCUGUUUCUUUCCCACCUAAUUCAUUUGAAUCAAGUAGUCAUACCUCAAUGGAAAUUGAUGAUUCGAGCCAAAAAGAGUGCAAUAGUCCUAAGUCAAACGUUUCGUAUGAAUGCCAUCUUUGUUCUAUGUCAUUCUCAACGAAUUCCAACAAACGUCGCCAUGAAAAGACCAAACACUUAAUGCAUUGCAAAGUGCCACAAAUUUCGCCAGGGUUCUUCAAUACAAAGGAAAAGCAAAUGACAUCAACCCCGAAGUAUGUUUUAUCAAAGAAAACCAAAGAAGCUCUAAUCACAAAGGUCAGCAGUUUGAAAUCCGUGGAAUUUGAGCCUGUAGAUUUUUCAGUCAACAACAGUGUAGCUGCUGCCAAUCAGCCCUUGGCAAUCAUCAGUAAUGAAUCAGAAAAUGGGGAUCUUGCCAGCGUAUCUUCCCUGAUAAGCACGGCGAAUUCUCCGCAGCUGAAGAAAUACUUGACAGCUGACAACGCUUGUGAUGUUACUGCAAGUGAAUCCUCCAAAGAUGAGAAAGAAGAUUCUCCAAAAGCUGUCGAUCAAUCACUGGGCAGUGCAAAGAGUUCUGGCAAACACUGGUGUGCUGUUUGCAAGAAACAGUUUACUUGCAAAAGUUCUUUCAACCGACAUUCUGUGAUACACACCAAAAAAAGGGAUCACCAUUGCCAGGAGUGCAAAAAAACUUUCACGACUAAGUCAAAUCGGGAUAGACAUAUGAAGAAGGUUCAUAGACUUGUUUUAUCACGUGAUAAUAAGAAACUAGUGUCAAGUAGAAAACAGCAAAAGAAAACUGUAACUUUAGUGCCAACAGAAUCACCUACUACAGAGGUGGACGUCAAAGAUUCACCACUUCCUAAGGAAUUGGUGAAUAGUGAGAUUUCUCAAUGCAAUAAGGAAAAUCAAAGAUUAUUCAUGCCUAGUUGAUUUGUGAACUUUAAAAAGGGAUGAAAGGAGUCCCAUAUUGUUAUGUAAAUAAUGUAAUUAGCAAUAAUGAAUAAUCACAAAUUCCAUUUUGAAACAAAUGUAAAUAUUGUAAAUCAUGUAAAUCAAAAAAUUAAAACUAUCAGAAACGA